GCAACAUUGAGGCACGAGAAAUCCGCUGACGUUUCCUUUUAAACAGCCAUGAAAAUCCGUGAACCUGCCCCCCGCUGACACCCGGCAGCCUUUGAUAAAUACAGCAACAGGUAUUACGUGGCAGUUCCCAGACAGACAGCUCGCAUUGGGGAGGAUGACAGCCUUCUGCUGGACAGACAUUCUGAAGUGGUGUGGACAGAAGAAUUUUCCAUCUUAGAGGGUGGCGAGCAGCACUGCUGCCCUCUGUCUGCAGAGUAUCAGCCUGUUCUCAAAAUGGGGACACCAGCAGCGAACACAGAUCCCAUGGACUCAGCGAGUGAGGCAUGCAGAUGUGAGCCUGAGGCAGGCACAGAGGGAGAGGGCUGGGGAAGUGACACUCAUGCAGAGCCCUGUAACACACCAAUCCCUCAAUCUGCAGUGACCAAGAAGAAAAAGAGAAGGAAGAAAUGUCUGUGGAUAAAUCUCACCAACUGCAAAUAUGAGAGUGUGCACCGUGCUGCUCGCAGAUAUGGGUUACGAGAGGCUGCAGAGGGAGACGACUUUACCCUGUUUUGGACAGACUGCUCUGUCUCAUUAGAUAGGGUCAUGGAUAUGAAGCGCUACCAGAAAAUCAACCACUUUCCUGGCAUGAAUGAAAUCUGCCGGAAGGACUUGCUUGCACGAAACAUGAACCGUAUGUUGAAACUCUUUCCAAAGGAGUACAACAUUUUUCCUCGCACAUGGUGCCUCCCUGCAGAUUACAGUGAUUUCCAAGCUUAUAACAGAGCCAAAAAGCACAAGACUUACAUCUGCAAGCCAGACUCAGGUUGCCAAGGCCGUGGUAUCUACCUAACCAAGUCAAGCAAGGACAUUCAGCCAGGAGAAGACAUGAUCUGCCAGGUAUAUGUAUCCAAGCCUUUCAUCAUUGAUGGAUUCAAGUUUGACCUGCGCAUAUAUGUGCUAGUAACCAGCUGUGACCCCUUCCGUGUCUUCAUAUACAAUGAUGGACUAGUCCGUUUCUGCACCACUCAAUACAAUGAGCCAACUGGCAGCAAUUUGGAGGAUGUUUGCAUGCACUUAACCAACUAUGCCAUCAAUAAGCAUAGCGAAAACUUUGUACGAGACGAAGACACAGGAAGCAAACGGAAACUCUCCAGCUUCAAGAAGCACAUGGAAACCAUGAGCUAUGAUGCAGAGAAGAUGUGGGCAGACAUCGAGGAUGUCAUUAUUAAGACACUAAUAUCAGCUCACCCCAUUCUCAAACACAAUUACCACACCUGCUUCCCCAACCAUGCAUCUGGCAGCGCUUGCUUUGAGAUCCUGGGCUUUGAUGUGCUACUGGACCAUCGGCUUAAACCUUGGCUUCUUGAGGUCAACCAUUCCCCCAGCUUCACCACAGACUCCCGUUUGGACCGGGAGGUGAAGGAUGGCCUGCUGUAUGACACUUUAGUGUUGAUUAACCUGGGGGCCUGUGACCGCAGAAAAAUCACAGAGGAGGAGAAGCGUCGGGUAAAAGAGAGACUCCAGCAGAACCGCUCUAGAGAGGCCAGGAGUGAGGAGCUUCGCCAGUCACAGGCUGCUAGUAUGGAGCAGAUGCAGAGAUAUGAGGCAAAACACAUGGGUGGAUUCCGACGGAUCUUCCCUCGAGAGGGAGGCGAAAAAUAUGACAAGUAUUUUCAACACAGCAUCUCUCUCUUCCAGGAGACUGCAGCCUCCAAAGCCAGGGAGGAGUGUGCCAGGCAACAGCUGCAGGACUUGCGUUUGAAGCAGGAACAGAAAGAACGAGACAAGAAGGGAUCACAUAAACAGGAUCUUCAAGGUGAAUCUGCUGGAGAAAGAUCAAAACCAAGAAGAAUUCCAGUUCAGCCCACACACCUUAAGCCUAAUCCUCUGCCAACUAUGCUGGAGCAUCUCCCCUUGAGGGAUGGCACACCUGUUGCUCUUGACCUAUUAGAGGAAGAGGAGGAGGCAAAGAGAGUCAGUGAGCUUCAACAAAGAGAGACUCUGCUGCUGAACAUGGGUGUGGUUAACCAGGUGCACCAGCUACUGCAAAGUGCCAAUUACCCUACUGAACCAAUCAAGCACUCAUAUGAACAAGCCUGCUUUCCCCCGCACUGUAGACAUGACCACAAGUUGGACUCCCUUGCAGAGAUUUCAUGGAGGCAGAAGAACCUUUGCACUAUGAUGCAUCAGCAGGUGUCUACAAAUGCCAAACCCUAUCUGCAGUAUGUGCAUUCCCAGCCGCUGCAAAAUAGAAAGCCCUGGCCCUCCCUGGAACAAGCGUUGCUCCAGCCGGUCCAGACUGAGCCAGGUGGUUUGAAACACUGUGCAGUGGAGGAAAUGGCAGCAUCAAAUACAGAGCACCAGGCAUCUUCUAUUCUAACUAAGGGUGCAAGUGUUCAGCGGAUACCUUGGACAAUAAAUGGCUCUUUCACUUGGCGUCAGGGCAGUAUGAGCUCCUCUUUGGCUGAGUCAAGAACAAGAGCAUCAAUGUUAGGAGUGCCUCCACUCAUUCCAGGACGACUGCAGGCUGCCAAGAUGUUCCAUGACCCCAAAGCUCUGUACAUAAUUUCCACCCCUGCUCCCCUUGUACCGAGACCGCACCUCUCCCACACCCUUCGCAGGGUCCCUCGCAGAGUUGCCCCACAUGAGCAAGGCCACUGACACAGGACUUGUCCUUGCUCAACAUGACCAAGUGCUCAAAAGUGAAAAAGUGAAAUCUGAACUUGUGCGUUCACUACCUGUCUUCCAUACUUGAAAUUUAAAAUAUCUCUUUUUCAGUUUAAAUUAAAGCCAUUUCUCAGUUUUUGUGAAUUAAUUUUUUCCUUCAAUUUGGUUACAGUUACAAGGUCUUGAAAAAUGAUUUUGGGCAAUGCAAUGGACUUGUGCCUCCUGUAAGUAACCAUAUAUGCUUUUUCCUAGUAUGCAUCCUUAGUUUAAUACAAGCUAUAAAUCAAUGACUUGAAUACAAAUGAAUGUGAACAUGCGUUCAUCCUUUUUACUUUAUACAGCAUUUGUAAGCUGAAAUGUUUUGUCUUGACUUAAAGUGUUGCACUGAGCCAAUGUGAGCAUUUAAAAAGCUCUCCUCCUGAAAAUUGUGUUUUGUUUUUAAUGCCUGAAUUUUGCCUGAUAUUAUUUACAUCCCCAUCUCCAAAAACGUUGGGACAGAAUGAGAAUUGCUAAAGUAGUGAUUUGUAAAUGAUAAUCACCCUUUGCUAUGUUGAAAUCACAACAACUACACAUUAUAUGGUGUUUUACC